GGUGCCGAGCCAGGAGAGGCGCGGCGCCCGGACCCAGCGCUCCCCGAGCGCCCUCCAAGUGCCCGUACAGAACUCCAUUCAGUUUACAACCACAUAAUUAUAACAUCAAAGGAAUUAGUUUGGUCCAACUGAUUGACGUGUUCCUAAAGCUGGAUGUCACAAUGGCAGCAGUAACAGUGACCGGGACAGUUCCGCAGAAGGGGAAGACGGAAGAUGCUUCUGCCUUGUACGAGUCUCCAUCUGCUCACAUUAUUGAAGAAACCGAAUACGUGAGAAAGAUUCGAACGACUCUGGAAAAGAUCCGAAAUCAAAUAUUUAGAGAUGAAGUAAGACAUAGCAGCACAAAUCACAAACUAGAUGCAAAGCACUGUGGAAACAUUCAAAACGGCUCUGACUCUGCAGUGGAUCCCUCUUGUGGCAGUUUGGGUCUGCUCAUGGAAAGGAUAAAAGGGAAAGACCUGCAGCUCUUAGAAAUGAAUAAAGAGAAUGAAGUGUUGAAAAUCAAGCUCGAAGCCUCCAGAGAAGCAGGAGCAGCGGCUCUGAGAAAUGUGGCCCAGAGAUUAUUGGAAAACUAUCAAACCCAGUCUGAAGAAGUUAGAAAAAAGCAUGAGGACAGUCGGCACUUCCUCCAGGUUGACAAACUUGAAAAAGAACAGAAAUUGAAACAACAUGUUGAAAAUCUGGAUCAAAUGGCUGAGAAGCUUGAAGAAAAACAUAAUCAAAUUGCAGAGUUGGAGAAUCUUAUACAGAGAAUGGAAAAGGAAAAGAGAACACUGCUAGAAAAAAAGCUGUCUUUGGAAAACAAGCUGCUGCAUCUCAAAUCCAGCGCUACAAAUGCUAAAAGUUGCCAGGAUCUUCAAAAGGAGAUUUCCCUCCUCCAGGAGCAGAUCUCACAUCUGCAGUUUGUGAUUCACUCCCAGCAUCAGAACCUGCGCAGCGUCAUCCAGGAGAUAGAGGCCUUAAAAAAUAAUUUAAAAGAACAAGAUAAGAGAAUUGAAGAUCUGCAAGAAAAAGUUAACAUACUGGAAGCCCAGAACAAAGAACUAAAAGCCAAGGUGGCACUCUGGCCUGAAACUCAUAGGACGAAGGUAUCUAAGGCUGUCUCUACAAGUGAACUGAAGACUGAAGGGACAACCCCAUAUUUGAUGUUGGUUAGACUACGGAAGUGAACUGGCUGGCUGGAGAUCUGAAUGAGAACGAUUACUACUUGGGUCUUAUUUGUUCCUUGAAACAGUCUAAACACAUAUUAAAAUGCUUCAAUGCCAGUGUUUAAUGGAGUUUGUUGUAUUGUAUUCAAAGUAUACAUCAAUAGCUUUGCAGGAAGAUGUUUCAUAAAAUCAAACAAAUAUAUAUUCAAGGAAAGGAACUCUUUCUUCAAAACUUACUAAACGGAUGAAGAAACUGGAUGCUUUCCCAUGAUGGAAGAUGAAUUUUGCUUACACUUAAAAAAAAAAAAAAA